UGGUGAACUAACAACUUCCACAGAAACCAAAGUCAUCUGAUCUCUAUGGCUAUGAAAUUUACUGAAACCCUCCUACUCUUCUUUGCCCUCAGUAUAUUCAAUGGAGUUUCAAUAUAUGGCUGCAAAGAAGGAGAAAGGAAAACACUUCUCGAGUUCAAAGAAGGACUUAAAGAUCGCGGUGGACGUCUAUCAUCUUGGAUUGGGCAAGACUGCUGCAUUUGGAGAGGAGUUCAAUGUGAUAACCAGACUGGGCAUGUUGUGCAACUUGAUCUUGGGAACAAAAGGCUUCUGCAUGAUGUGUACGGUUAUGGCCCACAAGCUCUUCCACUGGAAGGUGAGAUCAGCCACGCUUUGCUUGGCUUGAAACAACUGCAAUACUUGGACCUCAGCAUGAACUUCUUUGGAGGUAUUCAAAUCCCUACCUUCUUUGGUUCACUGCAACAGCUCCGUUAUCUUGAUCUUUCUUGUGCUGGCUUUGGUGGACUAAUUCCUGAUCAGCUUGGCAAUCUCUCAAGCUUGCAUCACCUUGAUCUCUCUAGUGUUUUCUAUAUGCCAUGCAACAAUCUCCAUUUAGUCAAAAGUCAUUGGUUCUCAAAUCUUUCAUCUCUUCAGUACCUUAACUUGAAUUUUGUUGAUCUCUCCAAAGCACCUGAUUGGCUGGAAUCAAUAAACACCCUCCCAUUAAUCUCAGAAAUAAAUUUAUCCAACUGCACUCUUGAGCUUCCUCUUUCUCUUGCACAAGUUAAUCUUACAAAGCUUCAAGUUCUUGAUCUCUCAAGUAACAAUCUUCAUUCUGUGGUCCCGCCUUGGUUGUUCAAGUUAAGCAGCCUUGAGAGUCUAGAUUUGAGUGUCAAUGCUUUCAAAGAGCUUGUCCCUAGUGCUAUUGGGAAUUUAACAUCUCUGAGAGUCCUCAGCUUUGCCAACAAUAGAGUCCUAGAAGGUGGAGUGCCACUGAGCUUAGGAAACCUCUGCAUGUUGACCUCAUUGGAUCUUUCAGGGAAUAAAUAUCUGAAAGGUGAUUUGAAUGAACUUGGAGAAGUGUUUUCAGGUUGCAUCAAAGAUAGCUUGGAAAUACUGAGUUGGGUGUGCAGUGAACUCACGGGACAAUUUCCAGAUUGGCUUGGAAAUCUCGAGUCUCUCAAGAUGCUCAAUCUCUAUUACAACUCUUUUUAUGGGCCCUUCCUUCAGUUCGGACUUCAUUCUUUGAAAAAAUUGGACAUUUCUCGAAAUACGUUGAACGGAAGUGUCCCAGUAAAUUUGGGUCAACUAUAUCCAAAACUUGAAUUUUUGGAUUUUGCUUAUAAUAAUUUGACAGGUGUUUUGACUGAAACUCACUUUGCAGGUCUUGCAAAACUUCGACAUCUAGGCUUUUCUGCUAAUGAAUUCAGGGUCGAUAUUAGUUCACAAUGGGUGCCUCCUCUUGGCUUGAGGAUGCUUCUGAUGUGGAACAGUAAUUUAGGACCAGGAUUUCCUUCAUGGAUUCAAAAGUUGGAGAAUCUCUCUGCUGCUAUUUUUUCUAAUGCUGGAAUUUCUGACACUUUGCCAGACUGGUUUUGGAACUUCUCAGCAAAUCUUCAACUUGUAGAUUUAUCAUAUAAUGAUAUCAGCGGCAAGCUUCCUGCUUCAUUAGAGCAUCUCUCCAAUCUUCUGUAUGUUGAUCUAAGUGGAAACUCAUUUGAAGGAACAGUGUCACAAUUUCCUGCAAAUUUAGAGUACUUGCUUCUUUUGUCCAACAAGAUAACAGGAAUGAUCCCAGAAUCAUUAUGUUAUCUGAAGAAGCUGAUAGUUCUUGAUCUCUCCAAAAAUCAACUUAUUGGUGGCAUUCCUGAUUGCUGGAAUCCUUCUCUACACCCCAGAUUAUCUACUUUAGAUUUAUCAGACAAUCAAUUAUCUGGAGGUAUUCCUACAACCAUUUGUUCUUCAUCUUUGGUUUAUUUGCAUUUGAGCAACAAUGAUUUGUCGGGAGAGCUCCCUUUAUCUUUGAGAAAUUGCAGUGCAUUGAGAACUCUUGAUUUUGGCCAGAAUAAGAUAAGUGGAAUCAUACCUACUUGGCUUGCAAAAAGCUUAUUGAACUUGGAGGUUCUUCGACUCCGAUAUAACAUGCUUGUUGGUGAUAUUCCUCCUGAGUUGGGUAACCUUACUAAUCUUCGUGUCAUAGACUUUGCAUAUAAUCAUUUGUCAGGAACCAUACCACGCAACCUCGGCGAUCUUAGAGCCAUGAAGUUUGCUCGUACAAUAUUCUAUAACAUGAAGGUUGCACUUUCUGUGUAUGAUAAAAUCUCCUUUGAUUAUAUUGACAACUUGGAAAUUCUUUACUUGGUGUCAAGUAAACUCAUUAUGGGCUACAUGGAUAAUGUCAAUGUGAAUUUGAAAGGGAGGGAUGUUCAAUAUGAUAAGCUGCUGCCACUUCUCAUAUCAUUGGACCUCUCAAGUAAUGAGUUAUCAGGGGAGAUUCCUGAAGAACUAAUAUAUCUUUCUUAUUUGCAAAGUCUGAAUUUAUCUGGAAACCAUUUGACCGGAAAAAUCCCAGAAAAGGUGGGCAUGUUAUUGAGGUUAGAAUCACUUGAUUUAUCAAAGAAUGGUCUUUCGGGGUCUAUUCCCACAACAAUGAUCAUGCUUUCUUUCUUAAGCCAUCUGAACCUCUCAUAUAACAACUUAUCUGGAAGAAUUCCACAUAGCGGGCAGUUUCUCUCACUUCCAGAUCCUUCUAUCUAUUUUGGCAACUAUGCUCUUUGUGGUUUUCCAUUGGAUAAUUACUGUGAAAAUAUUGAUGAACCAUCAUCCGCUGUAGGGUACCAUAAAGAUGAAUAUGAGCAAGAGAUGAUUGGGUUCUAUGGGAGCAUUGCAAUGGGAUACAUUUUAGGUUUUUGGCUUCUCUGGGCUGUGCUGCUGCUCAACAAGAAAUGGCGAUGCACUUAUUUUCAAUUUGUUGACUAUUUGUUGUAUGUUAUUUUCAAGCGUCUUUGAAGUGAGGAACUAGUGAUGUGCAAGUGUAUAAAUAUCCAACCAAUGCCUCCAAGUCCAAGAUUGCAAUAAUGUAUAUCUAGGUGGUGGUGUGCUUACUGUCCCUGUCAGUUGUAUAUAUAAAUAAUGUUAAGAGUGUAUAAUGUGCUACUAGGUGUGUUGACUAGUCAUAGUCAACAAGUCCACUUGUACAUUAUUAUAAUGUAUGUCUAGAAGUUUGUGCAGGGGCCGCCCUUGUAGAAAAA